GACUUGCAACUCUUUAAUUUGAUAAAAUUAAUCUUCAACCAAACAAACCCUUAAUGUCAUUGCUCAUGCUUGUAUGGGAAGGCGCGAUGGUGCCCCAUCCAACCAACCAUACCCCGAGCAAGAAUACCCGCCCGUCCUGGCUUCUGCGCUGUAUCCUCACCGUUCUCCGGACCCACCCCCCACAACGUCUGGUCACUGACAGCCGUGCCCCGCGGAACUGAUCCCCGCACGUCACCGUCCGUCAAGCAGCAACGACGUGACAAAUAAACGGCCGCGCCCGCCACUCCGCGCCGAUGACAACCCACCCAUCUCCACUGACACCUGUGCCCCAAACCACUGGCCCUGCGGACCACCACCACGCGGGAGGUGGGCCCGGGGUCACGAGGCGAAGGGCUGGCUGGCUAGACGGAUGGAUGGCAGUUGGGCUCACCGGGCGCGCCGUCGCGGGCAAGUGGAAACCGCCUCCCCGAUAAAACCCUCGCGCCCCUCCACGCUCUCGCCUCUGCCUCCGUUCCCCUCCGCCCCGCGCACGCGCCACGCAUCGCCCUCCCAAGAAAGAGUCCCGGCCAACCGCCCCGAGAUCUCCAUGGACGCCGGCGCCGCACACGCCGGCGCGGCGGCGGGAGGGCCCGACGACGCCGACGCGGCCUUCUUCUCGCGCCGCCGGUACCGCUGCUGCUGCUUCUCCGCGCCGUGGCAGUCGUCCUCCUCGUACGCCCGCCGCGCGCCCGCGGGGACGACGACGGACGAAGAGUGGUGGCACCAGGUGGGCGAAGCGGGCGCAGGGGCGAGGGCGGGCGCGGAGCGGCGCCGGUGGUGGCGGCGCGGGGUGGACGCGCUGAUGAAGGUGCGGGAGUGGUCGGAGCUGGUGGCCGGCCCGCGCUGGAAGACCUUCAUCCGGCGGUUCCGCCGCGGGCACCGGCACGGGGCCGCCGCCGGCACCGGGGGGCGGAAGCUCAACUACGACGCGCUCAGCUACGCGCUCAACUUCGACGAGGGCCACGGCGCCAGCCCGGACGCCAACGGCGGCGAGUUCCCAGUGUACCCCGACUUCUCCACCCGCUUCGCCGCGCCGCCGGGCUCCGCCAGGUCCUCCAUGGACCUCGGCGGCCGCGACGCGCCCUCGCUGUUCCACCACCCGCUGCCGCAGCAACCGCACGCUCCCCCCGCCGCCGCGCGGGGCUGACGGCGCCGGCCCACCCAUUUUUAUCUCUGUUGUAGUGGGGCGGCGGAGGCGAUAAGGCGGGGCGUCCCUUUCUUGCUCUUGGCCGCUGGUGGCGGUGGAUGGUGUCCAUAGGCUGGUGGUGCUGCUGCUCCUGCAAUUCUUUGGUUUUCUUGGCCUCGUCUCUCUCGUUCGCCAUUGUAUAAAAUCAUACAAUUACAGUAGUAGUAGAACUCAAUUUUGUCGUCGUAAUUUGACCGGGAAGCUCCUCCUCGCUUGUAUCUAUGAAUGAUCAUCAUGUAUGAAGCAGAUAUUUGUA